GUCAACAUUGCGCAAUAUUUUUGGGAGCAUUAAAAUAAAGUUGAUCUUGAGGCUUCAGCCGUCAGGUAUUUCUGGAAAGGCAGAGCUUGGGCAUUUGGACGGUGUUUUAUCGGACUUGUGGCAGUUUGCAGAGAGACAAUUCUUAUUUCAGGCAUCAUCACCCUAUCACUAUGGCAACCAGGGGCGCUUCCUGUACUCCUGAAGAACUGGAGUCUCUGUGCCGGGCUAAUGUAGGAUUCCUGUAUGAACCAAGCUGUGAUGUUAAUGAAGUUUAUGAUCGUGUGUUUGUUGGUGGAGAAGAAAUAGCCAGGGAUCUGAACAAGCUUGCAGACCUGGGUAUUACACAUGUAUUGAACUGUGCUGAAGGACCGGCGAGGAUGUUUCGGGUCGAUACAAAUCAAGCAUAUUAUGUCGAUGCAAACAUCAAAUAUUGUGGUCUUCCUGUCUCUGAUGAGCCCAGGGCUAACCUAAAGCAGCACUUUGGUACAGCCGUUCAGUUCAUUGAUGGAGUACUUGCACAGCCAGAGGCCAAGGUGUUGAUUCACUGCGUUGUGGGAUUCAGUCGGUCAGCGACGGUGGCCAUCGCAUACCUCAUGAUCAGACGAGGAAUGACCGCUCAGGAAGCAACGAGGGCGGUCAGGAAAAAACGGGAGAUCGGACCCAACGAUGGCUUCUUAGUACAACUAUGUGAACUCAAUGCAGAGUUACAUCCAAACUAAACAAGGAUAGUGCUAUAUAGGAAUAUUAUAUGGACUCCAGGGCUCCAUAACACAAAGAUUUAAUAGCGAUCAGUCGCUUAAUGAACUGACCAAUCAAGAUCAAUGUUACAGGCGCGUUUGGUUUAAAAUACUGACCAGGGACCAAGCAGUGCUGUUCUUUCAUAUUUGCAAUCCAUCCCAAACCUUUGUGUUACGGAACCCAGGUUGAUGUUCAUAAGUUGUUCAUAAGUUAUGAGCUACUUUACAAACAACUGGUAAGCUUAGCUUAAAGUAAAGCUUUGAGCACAGGAACAGGUGCCCGUUGCAAUCAAUCGCAACUCUCAAAAUCAUGCCCAACUUGUGCGCAAUUUGAUUUUCAACCAAUCAGAAGCGCGCAUUUGGGACUUGCGAUUGAAUUUUUGGCUUGUGUUUAAACGCAACUCUUUCUGCAACGGGCCCCAGGGAGACUAGCUUAGCCGGGGUACUAUAGUAGCACCUUCAGCAGCUAACAAGGUGGAUACUUGUGCUAUAUAAGUCCUAUAUGAUUAUUCUUUUUAAUAUUAAACGUGCCAAAUUGUCAUUGAUGUUGAUUUGGGGUCUAAGAAAGUAUCAUCAGUCGUUAAUAAAGUCACUCGUAACUUAAUACCAGCUUUAUGAAGCACCUACCCAGUGGGUGCAGCUGUUGGUAAGUUAUGAUGGACUUAAUACACCUAUGGGUCCUGUAACAUAAACCUUAGCCAUUGAUCUUUAGACUCAAUUUUAAGUUUGAUCGUGUACAAUAAUCAAUGCAAUCAAUCGUAGACAUCAGGUGGGUGUUUAUAAAGCUGUUCGUAAGUUAAGAACGACUGGGA